CUUGUUCGGCGUCAUUUGCUUCAUUUACAUUGCUUCAAGGGGAAGGGUAAAUUAGAAACAUAACUUUUGCUUCAUUUACAUCUUCACUUGCUUCAUUCCCCUCCGAUGCUGAAACUUCUAUGCCUCAACACAGCAACUCCCAACCUCCGAGUCAAGCCCGACUCUAAUUUGGCCUUCCAUUCGUUGGGUCGACUUACCGGCUUGACUCGGAGGAGCCCUACGAAUUCGUUCUUCAGGGCUUGCUUCUGUUCUGAUUCCAGCGAUGAGUCCGGGUCGGUUUCCAGCUCCCAACCAGUAGUUAAGGGGGAGGUAAAGGGAGCCGAGUCUGAGGCCAAUGGGUCUGACUCAAAAGCAUCAUCAGCGAUCAUGCCAACUUGUCCCAAGCCAGAGUAUUAUUUGACGGUUUCGGUGUUACCUUUGCCACGUAGACCUCUUUUCGCAGAAUUCUACAUGCCAAUUCAUGUCAAGCCUCAUCUCUCUCUGAUGCAUUCAAAGCCCAACUUUUUCCAUGGGAAAUUUAGACUUGGGAAUAUUUACACUGGAAACAAGCAUGCCCUUAGGCUAUUCUCUUCAGACAAUGCUCCGUCACCAAUCGUUACAGAACUCAUAUCAAAACAACAAUGGAAAAGUCUUAAAACUCAUCACAAAAACGCAAGCCCCAUCACACUUCUUCAACAACUGCUUGAUUCUAAGACUGACCCAGACCUCACUCUAAGGUACUUUAAAUGGUCAGAGAAAGAGUUUAAUCUCUCCUAUUCAGUAGAACUCAGUUGUAAGCUGUUACAUUCACUUGCAAAUGCUAAAAGGUAUCCAAAAAUGAGAUCUUUCUUGCAUGGUUUUGUGAAGAAUGAGAACUCCAUUUCAGUUUCUUCUGUUUUUCAUGCUAUCUCGGUAUCUGGUGAUAGCUUUUGUGCUAAUUCAAUAAUUGUUGAUAUGUUGGUAUUGGCUUAUGUGGAGAAUAUGAAAACCCAUUUAGGAUUUGAGGCUUUUAAGAGAGCUGGUGACUAUGGGUUUAAGUUAUCAGUGAUAUCUUGUAAUCCUCUGUUGAGUGCUUUGAUGAAGGAUGGUAAGAUUGGGGAUGUGGAGUAUGUGUAUGAAGAGAUGAUGAGAAGGAGGAUUGAGGUUAAUGUGAUUAGUUUUAAUACUGUGAUUAAUGGGUUGUGUAAAGUUGGAAAAUUGAAUAAGGCAAGUGAUGUUAUUCAGGACAUGAAAGCAUGGGGCGUUUUGCCAAAUGUAAUUACCUAUAAUACUCUUAUUAGUGGUUAUUGCAAGAAAGGUAGAAUUGGUAAAAUGUACAAAGCAGAUGCUAUUUUGAAGGAAAUGUUUGCAAUUGAAGUUAGACCUAAUGAAAUUACUUUCAAUAUAUUAAUUGAUGGUUUUUGUAAGGAUGAAAAUUUAUCGGCUGCUAUGAAGGUGUUUGAGGAAAUGCAAACACAGGGAUUGAAACCUAAUGUGGUUACAUAUAACUCUUUAAUUAACGGAUUGUGUUUGGAAGGGAGGCUUGAUGAGGCUGUUGGUUUGCAGGAUGAAAUGGUAGGAUUAGGUUUGAAGCCAAAUGUUGUUACUUAUAAUGCCCUUAUAAAUGGGUUUUGUAAAAAGGGUAAGAUGAAGGAAGCUACUGACUUGUUUAAUGAUGUUGUUAAAAAUGGAAUUUCUCCCACCAUUAUAACAUAUAAUACCAUGAUAGAUGCCUAUUGUAAGGAUGGAAGGAUGGAAGAUGCGUUUGCUCUGCGUGAAGCUAUGGUGGAUAGAGGUACUUUCCCUAAUGUUACAACUUAUAACAGCUUAAUUGCUGGUUUGUGUAGAGAGGGAAACAUUACAGUUGUUAGAAAUCUCAUUAAUGAAAUGCUAAAUAAAGCUUUGAAAGCUGAUGUUGUAACAUAUAAUAUACUGGUAGAUGCAUUGUGCAAGGAAGGAGAAUCAAGAAAGGCAGCAAGACUCUUGGAUGAGAUGGUUAAGAUAGGUUUGAGACCAAAUCAUGUGACAUAUAAUACUUUGAUGGAUGGCUAUUGCAGGGAGGGAAACCUCAGAGCAGCAUUGAAUGUUAGAACACAAAUGGAGAAAGAAGGGAGACGAGCAAACGUUGUGACAUACAAUGUGCUGAUAAAGGGUUUGUGUAAGAAGGGCAAACUAGAAGAUGCAAAUGGACUUCUUAAUGAGAUGUUAGAGAAGGGUUUGAUCCCAAAUCGAAGAACUUAUGAGAUAGUUAAGGAGGAAAUGGUGGAGAAAGGCUUUGUUCCAGACAUUGAAGGGCACCUAUAUAGCAUCUCAGCCAGCUGAUAACCUUUCAAAAGAAAAACUUAUUUGUUAUUACUAUGGCCAUUAUUUUAUUGGCUUGUGGAUGACUUAACCUGAGAGAAUCUUUAGUGGCUUAUCAUGUUAAUAUUUAUAACUGUAAUAUGAACCAGAGCAAGUAACUCCUUUAAAGAAGCUUCUCAAGAAUUCCAUAUGAUUUUUUUUUUUUUUGGGAAAAGAAUGCAUGUAUGAGCCAUAAGCCUUACUUAUAAUUUCUUGCUUCUCAAGUUAUACAAAACUGGUAGGUAUCCAGUAUCUUGUCAAAUGCAGCUAUCCAAUUAAGGCUAAUGCUCUUUUUCAAACUUAACAAUGCAUUCUGUAUUGGUAAUAUUUUGGUACUUUUUUGGUUGUCAAGACGGACAAUUUGAUCACAUUGGGAAAUAGCAUAUUCAUGAAAGUUAUCAAUGAUAUGUAAGAUUUUCUUUUUUAAUUUUAAUAAUCACAAUUAGAAUGCUACAUUCAGAGCAUUUGACCAGUGCCUCCAUUCCAAGCCUAUAUAUAUACUCAAAAGUCUUGCAGUCGUUUCUACCAUACCAACUUAUUAGCAGCAAUAAAUGAUAUUUCAGAAACAGAAAGGGAAACA